CGCCGGGCCGGGCCAGGCCGGGCGGGCCCGCGGCCGGGGCCAUGGCGUUGCCCGUGCUGUCCAGCUCGGCCGUGAAGUUCCGCCGGGUGCUGGCGCAGUUCCCGCAGGAGCUCAGCCUUGCCUUCGCCUACGGCUCCGGGGUGUUCCGGCAGGCGGGGGCCUCGGCCGAGCACGGCGAGACAAAUAUGCUGGACUUUGUGUUUGCUGUUGAUGAUGUUGUGACCUGGCAUAUGACAAACUUGUCAAAGAACAGGAGUCAUUAUUCCUUCCUUAAAUUUUUUGGGCCCAAAAAGAUAAGUACCAUCCAGGGAUAUGGAGCAGGGAUUUACUACAACACCUUAGUGCCAUGCAAUGGCAGGAUGAUAAAGUAUGGAGUGAUUAGCACUGAUGCCCUGAUUGAGGAUCUGUUUCACUGGAACACUCUCUAUGUGGCUGGGCGCCUGCAGAAGCCGGUAAAAAUCCUGGCCCAGAAUGAGAACAGCAGGCUGCAGGCUGCUCUUGUCAGCAACCUGAAGAGUGCAGUGCUGGCAUCCUUCCUCAUGCUGCCAGAGAGUUUCUCUGAAGAGGACCUUUUCCUGCAGAUUGCUGGCCUCUCCUACUCUGGUGAUUUCAGAAUGAUAAUAGGAGAAGACAGAUUCAAAGUGCACAACAUAGUGCAGCCCAACAUUGCCCAUUUCCAGAAGCUGUACAGUUCCAUACUGCAGGGCUGCCCUCAAGUGGUGUACAAGCACCAGCAGGGAAGGCUUGAGAUUGAUAAAAGUCCAGAAGGUCAGUUUACACAACUCAUGGCUUUGCCAAAGACUCUGCAACAACAGAUAACUGCUCUGGUAAACCCUCCUGGAAAGAACAGAGAUGUGGAAGAAAUUUUACUGCAAGUUGCCCAUGACCCUGACUGUGGAUAUCUGGUGCAUCAAGGCAUUUCAGCAAUUGUGAGAUCCUCCAGUAUAGUGCAGAGUGCUAAAACCAUCCUGACAGCUGGGGCAAAGAAAUCUGUGAUCUACAGUUUGAAGAAAUUAUAUAAGAUGGCAAAGGGAGAGUUAAAGAAGCCAUCCUGAGUCUGUACAUACUGUGUAUGGGUAAAUAAAUGGUACUUUUUCUCUAAAUGUUUUGCAGAUGUGACUUUGCAUACUUGAGAAGAUUCCAGUGUAUUUAAAAAGUCUGUUCUGAUGAUUUACAUGCACAAUUUUCUUAAUGAAAUAGGAACUUUUUUAAUGGGAGGUUUGUUGGCAAUAGGGCAAAGGAAUUGCACUCUGUAAAUACUAAAGUGAAUUUUCCUGUGGAUUUUGAAGAAUCCUGAGUAAAAAAGAUUGAUUGUACAGAUGGAUUAAAACCCAAAGUGACUCAUUUU